GAGGCACGUUGCUCAGGCCAAGCGGUUCUAUAUGUACCGUUCUUAGCCUAGCAAAACUCGCUCCUCGCUCCCUCUCGUACGCUGCGGCGGCGCCCACCUCUGCUUCGUCUGUUCUAGGGUUUCCUUUUAGCCAUCGAAUCCGACCGGAAUUGCGCGCUCUUCUCGCUUCUUACUGUAAGAUUUGAGAAUGACGGCUGUUGUUCCUGCCGCUUCUCCUGCUGACCAACCCUAAUCGAAGCCAAACCGUAUAGGGAGAUAGAUGAGUGGGUUCAUGGGGGCGUUCUGGGGAACGCGGGCGCUGGAGAUCAUACAGCGGUUCAAUUCUGCAGGGAAGCCAUGGAAGCGGAUCAGAAUCACCGGCACCCGGAGGAGCAAUGCCAAGAAACGCCUCCGCCGCAUCUGGCAGAACGAAUCAGUCUUGAGAGCUUGCGCCGAGCCACCACAAGAAGCUACAGCAAGUGCUGCUUCUGCAGUUGAACAUCAAUAACGUUAGAUCGGAUCAGUGGAGUAAGCCAUUGAUAAGCAACAAGGUGCUUUGUUCUGCUUUAUAACUUAGCGUUUAUCUGUCUGCUCAAUUUUGUGUGUUUCAAGAAUUGUAAUUGGAACUGCUCCUGGAUAUUAGAAUGUUGUUGCUUUCGCGAUAAUGCAGCUCUCAAAUUUGGUAUCA